CUUUUGCUUCGGAGACUAUUAUGAAUGUAAAAAUAGCAACAGUUUGAGAACGAAAUAGACGCUUUACUUCGGAUUUGAUGCAUAAAGCAGCUCAGUGAACAAAAUUUGGAGUUAAAUAAUCAGAAAGCUUUUGGUGGACCUGGAUCAUGCUUUAUAAAUCGGGUUUCUUUUGUCUUUGCCUGUGGUUUGCACAUGGUGUGUUUGGUGUUGAUGGAUAUGAAGUGAAGUCAGUUUCAGUGAUGGAGGGAGAUUCUGUUACUCUACAAACUGAUAUUACUGACAUACAGACAGAUCAGCAGAUACUGUGGGUGUUUGGACCUAAAGGGACGACUUUAGCUCAAAUCAUUAAACAAGCCAAUUUGAGCUUGAUAUUUGAUAAUGUUGAUGAUGGGAGAUUUAAAGCCAAACUACUGCUGAACAGUCAGACUGGAUCUCUCACCAUCACAAACAUCAGAUCUACACACACUGGACUUUAUAAACUACAGAUCAUCAACAGCAGAGGAACUACGUACAAAAUAUUUAAUGUUACUGUCUAUGCUCCACUGCCUGUUCCUGUCAUCACUCGUAUCAGUAACUCUUCAAACUGUUCAUCAUCAUCAGAAAAAUCAUUAAGUUCAAAAUGUGCGUUAUUGUGUUCAGUGUUGAAUGUAAGAGAUGUGAGUCUGUCCUGGUAUAAAGGAAACAGUUUAUUGUCCAGCAUCAGUGUGUCUGAUCUCAACAUCAGACUCUCUCUGGAGGUUGAAUAUCAGGAUACAAACACAUACAGAUGUGUGGUGAACAAUCCUAUCAGAAACCAAACUCAACAUCUUAACAUCAAUGAUGUCUGUCAGACGUGUUCAGGUGAGUCACAAUAA